AUGAAGCUUAGGGUAUUUUGCGAAGAAUUUCCCAUCCGGCAAUGGAUCCACACAGUAAGUUUUGGCUUGGUUGAUAAUACUGGUACGGUUGCGGAUCUUUGCAAUGCGAUUUGGGAAUGGAAUGAGGGCCCUCCGUAUUGGAAGCUUCAGCUAUUGCUUGAAGAAUACUCUGUCCCGAUGGCAGGAGUUUUGGCCCGUUACUUGAAAGAAGAUGCAAAGAUUCAGCUAGUUGGACAAGACUUGCGUUCUACAUGGAAUCCAGAAAGCUUCACUACUUCUCCAUAUGAUAUUAUUUCUGGUGCUAGUCAACUUCCUAAAGAUCCCGAACAAAUGCAUCAGGCAAAUUUAGAGCAUAUCGUUCCAUGGAAGGAUUUAGAGAUGUCUUCAUAA